GAGAAGUUGAGGCGAAACGCGGAAAAGGCUCGCAAACAGAGGGAGAGGAGGGCUGCGAUGCGGGCGCGCAUUGAGGCCACUAAACAGAAGACAGUUGUUAUUGAAAAAGCGAAAGCCAUUAAAAAUUCGGAAAACAUCCAGAAGUCAGUGAAACGUAAGCUAUCGUUGAGCUCCUCAUCGGCCGAUUCGGACGAAGAGAACGCAAAUAAUUCGCAGCUCAAGUGUUUACAGGACGGCCUCUCGCAGUACUUCACGCCAUCCAACCGACGAAAGUCGAGGAAUAGCUUCACUGUCCAGGAGGACGACGACUCCAGCUCUGAGAGCGAAGUGCCGAUGAGGCCCACACCGAGACCCACACCGAGACCGACGGCCGUUAAAGAGGAGUCGAUUCAAUCGACGCCAAAGAGGACUGUUAAGAGGCAGUUAAAAAUCACAGAGUUUGCAGUUAGGAAACCAAUGCCAUCGAGCGCUCCAUCCAAAGGGCACCCCAAAGGGGGCCAUAGAGUGAGUGCCAGAAAACGACAAUCGCUUUCGCAGAAGAAGACGGCCGCAGCGGCGGUGACGAAAAGUCCCCGACCCGUGAGAACGUCAAUACCUGUUCACCCGAAAGUGGCUCCGAUGCCAAUCUCACCC